GUCAGUUGUUGAACCUCUGAUUGGACAGGUGAUGCAGGGGUACAACUGUACAGUGUUCGCGUACGGACAAACCGGUACUGGAAAAACCUUCACUAUGGAGGGAGGAGAGGGGAGAGACGAACCAGGAACAACCUGGGAGAAUGAUCCAACUGCUGGAAUAGUACCAAGAGCUCUGGCACAGUUGUUUGACGAACUGCGACUCAUACAGGGUCUUGAAGAGGUUCAGGUUCAUAAUAAACGUGAGGUUUAUGAGAUCCUGGAGAAAGGAAGUGUAAAGAGGAAAACUGCAGAGACUUUAAUGAACGCACACUCCAGUAGAUCUCAUACAGUCUUCACAGUCACAGUUCAUCUCAAGGAGUCUAGUGUUGAUGGUGAAGAAGUUCUGCGGAUAGGAAAGCUGAACCUGGUUGAUCUGGCCGGCAGCGAGAAUAUUGGGCGGAGUGGUGCGCAGGACAAGCGCGCUAGAGAGGCUGGGAAUAUAAACCAGUCUCUACUCACUUUAGGACGUGUGAUCACGUGUCUGGUUGAGAGAGCCCCCCAUAUACCGUAUCGGGAAUCCAAGUUGACCCGUCUGCUCCAGGAUUCUCUGGGAGGAAGAACUAAAACAUCUAUUAUUGCAACAGUUUCACCCGCAGGAAUAAACCUGGAGGAAACCUUGUCAACUCUGGACUACGCUCAUAGAGCAAAGAAUAUACAGAACAAACCAGAGAUAAACCAGAAGCUGAGUAAGAAGGCCGUACUCAAGGAGUACACGGAGGAGAUAGAGAGGUUGAGGAAGGAUUUAAUGGCGAGCAGAGAGAAGAACGGAAUUUAUCUAGCUAACGAGAAUUAUCAGAGUAUCUUGGCAGAGAUAGAAUCCCAGGCUCAGGAGAUCGCUGAGAAGUUCGGACAGAUCAAGGCAAUGAAAGACGAGAUGGAGAAGCAUGAAGAGAUGUUUGAUGAAUGUUCACGAGAACUCCAGAAAACUACAGCUGAGCUGGAGAACACCCACUCCCUGCUCAAGGAUACAGAGCACACUCUCAACUGCACCAAGGCGGUCCUCCACAAGACUGCUAAUGAGAGGGAGGAGCAGAAACAUCUGGUGGAGAAGCAUGUCGAGACUGAGCUGAAGCUUUCACAGCAGGCUAAGAAGCUUCUUACUGUUAGUGAUCAGACCUCUGGGGAUCUCAAGCUCCUGCACGAAAAGCUGGACAGAACGAAGAAGGUGGAGAAGACGAACGAGGAGGCGAAGGACGAGUUUCUCAAGAAAUUCACGGGUUCUAUAUCCGAGAUGCGCAACCACCUUGAGGCAUUUCAGACUCAGCAUGGAUAUUCCUGCUCCAAGUUCACGGAGACACUGAAAUCUCAGUUUGAAGAGAAGAGAGGAACCCUGGAGAAGGUGAAACACCUUGUCGUGGAGAUGAAGAAGGUUCAGGGGGUAUCCGAUACCAAGGUUCUUCAGAUGAUUGAUGAGCAAUUGGCCGGGGAGCAGGCCUGGGUCAAGAGUCACGAUGAAACCGUCUCAGGUAUGGUUGAGAAGUAUAAGCAGCUGAUCACCGACUUUGACCAGAACCAGAUAUCUCCACAGCUUGAUCUCAUCAGCCAGGAGCUGACCUCCAAGUCCAAGAUCUUGUCAGACUUGGAGAAAUCCGUCGUGUCCGACUUCUCCAGGAUGGUGGAGACCUUCGACAAGUUUACUCUCCAGGUGUCCGAGAAUAUUGUGAGGAUGAUCGAAGAUGUCCGUGAGUACUCGAAAGAAAGUUCCCGAGCCCUGGAAUCCGUUCUCGAGGAGAACAGAAUUAUUCAAGAAUCUGAGAAAUCUUUUAAAUCUUUGCUCGAAAAUCUUAUGUCCAAAUACACUGAGCACUCGGAGAAGGUUUCAGCUUGCUCCUCCAGGUUGGAGAAGUCCUCCCGGUCCUUUAUACAGUCAGGAGAUAAACGUGUUGCUAAUAUGAACCAGAAGUGCGAGGAGUCUGGUGUGGCAAGAGCACAGUUUGAAACCUUGAUUGCAACCCAGAGAGAAAACUUGGUGGAGAACGUAAACUCGCAGAAAGUAAAAUGUGAGUCUCUGAACCAGAGUGUUGAAACCAGGACUCGUAGUAUUGCUGGAAACGUGAGCUCGUUCUGCAUCGAGACCAAAUCCAUGUUGGAGAAAUUAGAAGAAACUUCUUCCCAGCAAUACCAGCAGAGACAGCAGGAUACAGGAGCGUAUGUUACCAGGUUCCGGGAUGAAAUAAAUUACUCUACUGAACAGAUGAACAGGUUCCAGAAGGAGACCAUCGGCUCCAUCAAGGUUCUCCAAGACCAAGACUCAAGCAAUCUGUCCAAGCUCUCCGGGACUGUUCUUGAGCUAUCAGGACUAUCUGAGAAGAGUUGCUCAGAGCUGGGACAGCAAACUCAAGAUCAGGAGGAGAAGAUCCGAACCUUCCUCCAGGAGUCCUUACAGAGAGAUGUUCCAACUGGUUCUACUCCUGCUAGGACGGAGAGGGUAUAUCCUAGAUAUCUUGCAGCAACCUCUCCUCAUGACAGAAUUAUUCAAAGGUAUAGAACUGCUGCAGAGAACGCUAGUGUAGCUGCCCGUCUACCCCUGGAGGAAAUGGAUGAAGAUGAUGAUGAUGACAGUGUUGUAUCAGAUUCAACUGUUAACUCAGAUACCAGAGGACAGAUAUCGAGACAGAACUCAACCUGCUCUAACUCCAGUAGUUCCAGGGGAAAUAUAUCCAGAGAAACUUCAGGUGACCUUAAACCAAUGAUGGAGAAAAAGAAGGUUAAGUCUGAGUCAGGUUGCUUCUCCGGGUCCGAGGAUACAGAGAACAAGGAUCCUUUCACCAAACCUAGUAGUAAACCUAAACUCCGGAGAGAGAUUCCUAAACUAAAGAAACAUCUUAGAACGACAAACUAGACUCUUUUUAGAUAUGCAUUGUACAGAUCACAAUCAUCUAUCUAUCUACACUACUAUUAUGUACAAGAUGUAGAAUGUAAAUUCUAACAGUUCAUGAUGCACUUACUUUUCAUGAUAAAUUAUCAAGUUUU